AUUCCACACAGAACAAAACUAGACCCAGUCAGUGUACUGUAGCAGUAGUGUUGUGCUGCUUGCUCCCCCGUUUUUCUUCGGCUCCCGUUCUCUCGUACUAACAUUCUCGCUUCCAUCUGACUGAUUCAGCUACAGUCUAGACACGUCAGCCGCCAUGACAGCCCGAACACUGCUAGUUGUUCUCCUUUCACUGUCUUUGUUGGCGUCAGCCGCCGCAGCGCCAACAACGGAGCAGAUAAUAUCGGAGCUGAAGGACCUACAGAGCAAGUUAACUAGCACCCCCCUCCGAGCGGCGCGAUACCUCGCCAUGACCUACGUGGUCUCCCAGCUCAUUGCUCAAGGAGAGACCGUUCCCGCCACCAUCGACUGGUCCCCCUUCGCCUACAACACGCUCCUGAUCCCGACCAACGCCGCGCUCAACGCCAGCGGCCUCCUGGUCCAGCCGGACACCCCGGAAGAGGCUCUCAACCUCUUUAAAAGCGUCUCCUACAACAUCGUCAAGGGCAUGCAACCGUUCUCCAAGCUUAAAGCCCUUGCUGUUGGGAAGUCUGUCACGCUUCUGCUGAAGAACGGGAAGCUGUUCCGGAAGAAGGUGACGGCUGGGUGGGGCUUUAGUCAAGGCACUACCGUGGCGCUCACGCUCAAGGGAAAGCCGACUAACGCGUGGUCGAAGAUCAUGGACAAGGAUCUGCACAACGGCAAGAGCUUCGUUGCUCACGGGGUUAACCGCCUGCAGAGUACCAGUGCUUGAGGCGUGGCUUGGGGGGAUGCUUGGAUGAGCAGUUGAACAAGCCAAUGGAGGCUUCCCUUGUUGUGGCCCGUGUUCGGAAAUAGGUAAACUGUUUGUUAGGUCUGCAUCGGGAUGAAUGAACCGCUUGUUCAUCAUCUUCCAGAAAUGGGAUCCCUAUACCUGGGGGUAAUGGGAUGACGUAAUAAUAUGGCGUAGUAUAUAUGAGCAGAUGUGCCUUCACUUGUACUGAGACGUGAGUGCAAGAAGACUCACGCAACUUGCUCAGCGUUACAUUGGGCUACAUCAAACAUCUUCAUUAC